AAAUCUCACCCCUCGUUGUCCAGUAGCGUCUGUUUGCGACACAGACCAAGGAAUCUCCAAAGCAACAAUCUUUCUUUCGAUGGAGCCUCACACUACUUAUCUUUGAAAGCGAAAUGCCUCAAGCAAUCUACACCCAAAUUCCCUUCUUGUGGAAAAUCUUACCUCUUGUUGUCCAGUAGCUUCAGUUUCCAAAGCAGACUAAGGAAUCUCCAAAGCAACAAUGUUUCUUUCGCUUUCUUGUAAACAAGAUUUCUUAUGUACCACAAAAUGGCCAAUACUGAAGAGCGUCUGCGACAGCUAAAGGCCUUUGACGAAUCCAAAGCUGGUGUCAAAGGUCUUGUCGAUGAUGGAAUCACCAAAGUCCCAUCCAUUUUCAUCUGCAAGCCAGAAGAUCCCUCAGCCGAGAACAUCCCAAGUUUCGGCAAUCCAACUGGCCAACACCGAUUCAGUAUACCAGUUGUGGAUCUUGGUGAUGUUAUCGCUGGAAGGCCUGCUAAGGUGAUCCAAGAUAUCCGGCGGGCUGCAGAGAGUGUGGGGUUCUUUUAUGUGGUUAACCAUGGGAUACCCAAGACAGUGUUGGAGGAGAUGCUUGAGGCGACGCGUGGGUUUCAUGAGCUGCCAAGGGAGGUGAAGGCUGAGUACUAUACUAGGGAUCCCAAGAGGAAGGUCAAAUACUUUAGUAGCUAUAAUUUGUACGAGUCAAAGUUUGCUGCUUGGAGGGACAGCUUGUUUUGUGACAUGGCUCUGGAGCCCUUGGAUCCCCAAGAAUUGCCUCUGGUUUGCAGGGAUAUAACCAUGGAGUAUUCUAAUCAAGUACACAAAUUAGGUGUCACUUUGUUUGAAUUGCUAUCUCAGGCACUCGGACUCAAACCUAACCAUCUUAUCAGUUUGGAUUGCGCAAAAGAGCAUCUUAUUGCUAGUCACUACUAUCCUCCAUGUCCUGAGCCUGAGCUCACAAUUGGCACAGCCAACCACUCAGAUGGCACUUUCAUAACAAUUCUACUUCAAGAUCAUAUUGGUGGACUUCAGGUUUUGCAUGAAAACCAGUGGAUUGAUGUUAUUCCUAUGCCUGGAGCUCUAAUAGUCAACAUUGGAAAUUUUAUGCAGAUAAUCUCAAAUGAUAAGUUCGUAAGCGUUGAUCAUAGAGUGUUGGCAAAGAAAGAAGGUCCAAGAGUAUCUGUGGGAUGUUUUUUCAGACCUGCUACAUCGGAUAAUUCGUCGAGGCUGUACGAGCCAAUUAAAGAGUUGACAAGCAAAGAAAAUCCACCCAUUUAUCGAACAAUUACCACAAAAGAAUAUUUUACAGAGUAUUACAAAAACUCUAUAAAUGAGGUCCCUGUUCUAAAAUCUUUGAAGUUGUGAAGUUUGUCCGUGAAUAUGUAUGGUUGCAAUAUAUGGGUACUUAAAAUAAAUGUACGUGCUUUAAGCAAACAACGAACAUUUUUAUUUUUUUUUUCAGUUCUAGUUUGGAUGUUAAUCGGCAUCUUAUGGCAAUAAAUGUAGAGAUAGCCCUUCUAUUUUGAGUAUUUUUUGUUCUGUUAUUAUUGUGUUCUAUAAUAAAAUGUUGUCAUUCUCUAGUUUAAUGAGGA